AAUACCAUUCGGCAAAUGCCAUUCCUGAGUCCCGACUGGAGGUGUCCAGGUGACAAAUGGAUCAAAUCCUCCGAAGAUGGCAAUAUAUGGGAGAACGCCAAAGAUUGGAGAGAAAAAGUUUUCUCGAACAUGAAUGAUGUUGCUUUAAAAAGGUCACUCUCUUCUCCCUUUUAUUCUUUCGAUUGUAGGAUUUACCGUCAAUCUCUUACAGAUGAUCGCCUUAGCGCUGAGGAUUUUGAGUCGAUGCUGGCUAAUAUUGUUUGCUUCCAACCGCAUAUUCGAAUCAAUUUGUACAGUACUCGGGAAAUCGCAAAUGUCAGUACAAUAACCGAUGCUCUCCUGAAGUUGGACAUGAAGUCAGCUGUAAAGGAUGUGCGACGUUUUAAUUAUCUAGUACGCCGUCUGUUGGCUGAUCGGCUACACACACUGACAGGUCGAUCCCAGCUCCACAUAAUUGAGUUGUUGAAGGUCAUAAUGCACCAAGGUAAGGCGGUUUUUACAAGUUCUUAUCGUCUAUUAGUCCUCGGAAGUUGCAAUCAGACCCUCGUCUUUCGACAAUUGCUUGACACCUUGCGGACAAAUCUGGAGCGCCAUGAAUACGAUCACAUUGGGAGUUCGCAGUUGUGGACCAAUCAUUGGGAGUCCCUCACCAAGAUGAGGGCAAUUCUGGACGAUUUCGACAUAAAACAAACCCUGACAAACAGUGUUGAUAAGCUCAACCCCCAUGUGAGUUGCAUUAGUGAUUCAGAUACGCAAAGUGAGAGCGGACAAUCGCGGCUGGAGAAUCUGCCUCUCGAAUGCCUGAAGCGUAUUGUGGCGAAUGUAAAUAGCCCAGAGGACUUGGAGUCGGCUUCACUGGCUUCACCCACUCUGGCGUUGGUAGUGAAUGACGAGGUACUCUGGCGCCGACUGGCUACUCGUAGCUUCACUCCCAAUCAAAUAAUGUCAGUGCAAUUCGGUCGUACUAGCUGGAAAGCAGUACCUGCGGAUAACGGGGCACGGGACUGCAACUGGCGUCGCGCCUACAUUCGUCUCCUUCGCCGAUUUGGCGAGCAACAGGUCCACUCCGCCUGUCUUGGCAUUUGUGAAAACUGUUCCUGCCUUUAUUGGAUGGUGAGAUGCUUUUUACUGUUUCUCUUGGGACACCCCUGCUACCGGCAGGAGAAGCCACCGAAGGUGCGAUUGCUCUCUCCAGAGGACUUUAUCGCGCUUUUUGCCAAAUGA